GGUGCGUGACAGUUCAGCUACCCAGCAUGUACGCCAAAGGAAAAGGUUCGAACGUACCUUCGGACAGUCAGGCGAGGGAAAAGUUAGCGUUAUAUGUAUAUGAAUAUUUACUCCAUGUUGGAGCACAGAAAAGUGCACAGACAUUUUUGUCGGAGAUCCGAUGGGAGAAAAAUAUAACACUCGGAGAGCCGCCGGGUUUUCUUCACUCGUGGUGGUGUGUUUUUUGGGAUUUAUAUUGUGCAGCUCCAGAAAGGCGAGAUACAUGUGAACAUUCUAGCGAGGCGAAAGCUUUUCAUGAUUAUGUAAGUAGAGAUUACAAUAGUGCAGCGACUCCUAGUCCCGUGUUAGGCCAAAUGCCACCAAAUGAAAUGCCAGGCGGCCCCAUGCCUCCAGGCUUCUUUCAGCAACCACCAGUAUCACAGCCAUCCCCACAUCCACAACCUCCACAUCCAAAUAAUCCCAUGAUGCCCCAAAAUCAGUUACCACAUAAUCAACCUAUGAUGGAUAAUAAUCAGCCAUUUAUGUCACCAAGAUAUGCAGGGGGUCCAAGGCCCGUUAGAAUGCCUCCACAACAGCCUCCAGGGGGAGUACCGGGUUCACAACCACUAUUACCAAACACAAUGGACCCCACGCGGCAAGGUCAUCCGAAUAUGGGUGGUCCAAUGCAGAGGAUGAAUCCCCCACGAGGAAUGCCAAUGCAGCCGAAUUACCCUGGAGGAAUGAGGCCACCACCAAACAGUUCGAUGGGACCAGGAAUGCCAAUGUCAAUGCCAGGGGGAGGAGGGAGGCCAUGGCAACCAAACACAUCAUCACUUAAUUAUUCACAGUCAUCACCAGGGAAUUAUGGCCCAGGGGGGCCGCCGGGAGGAGGAGGGCCACCAGGAACUCCCAUAAUGCCAAGCCCUCAAGGACUUUUGGAAGAAAUGAAUGGAAGAGGUAUUCCAGUUAAUUUUACUUAA